AUGGCUUCCAAAAAAGACCUGGGCAAGAUCAAGAAACAAAAACAUUCUACUUCUGAUGUUGAUCCCCUUUCAAUUGGAGGGGUUAAGCCUUUUGAUCCUAUUCGCGAAGAAACUGUUGGACUCGAGGUUGUCCCUUUGGAAGACCAAGAAGCCCCAGUUGCAAAUCCACUUAAAAAGAUUGGGGUUCUUCCGAAGGAAACUUUAGGGGAUGACCCCUCUGUUCCUAUACCUCCUAGGCCCUCCAGCUUUUCCUCUUCAUAUGUUCUUACCAGGGACUGUUCUUUUUUCUCCAAUGCCUCCUUGGUCGUUACUCGGUUGCUAGCCUGGGGUUGUUCUCGGGGAUUCAUUAGUUGGUGA